GUCUUGCCGAGAUCUUACUAGGUUCACGUGCAUCGCUUUUUGAACAUACUCUGAAGAACUUUUGCUGUUAGCACCAACAGAGCAUAAACGAGGCGCGACCAUGAUAUGCCAUUGUAUAAAAAAUAACUCACAGAAAAGAUAAAAUAGAAAACAAAAAUCAUACAAACUUUGUUUAUUAUUUACUUACAAAAGCCACGUUUCCUAAGACUGCCGAUUAGUUUCGUAGUUUCCAUCAGACCAAGGCCAUGGAACAAGGAAUCAUCCCUAUUUGCGACUUACCUGCCUGUCAGUAUAGUUCGGCACUGCUGCCCAACUCACCGCCGCAAGUUUGGGACUUUCCUCUUAGAAUGGACCGGUUUAGUGGUGUUCAGAAUACAUCCUUACCGUCUCAGCUAGGCAAAUGCCGGUCCCCUCGUCAGACUGUAUCGUCGAGCUCCAAACAACAGCAGAAUUCUAAAAAGAAAACUUGCAGAAAGAAUGGGAGUAAGUCUGCCUACAAACACAUCCCUCACCGAGAGAAGCCACCGCACUUAGUGGCCAAGAGGAAUGCAAGGGAACGGCGGCGUGUUGAGGCUGUGAAUAACGCUUUUGCUCGUCUCCGUAAGUGCGUACCUGUAGAGAAUAAGAAUAAGAGACUGUCAAAAGUAAAGACGUUACAUCGCGCUAUUGAAUACAUUGCGGCACUCCAAGAGAUGCUAGAAGAGGCGGAAACUGUCCAGUCUUCUUCGCUAGACCCUCUUCAGAGUUUAGAUGACCUACUGGACGCUGCGGAAGUGGAGGCUGUGAACAAAGAAAAUGAUGCCAGUCAGCGUUGGAUCACGUUAGAAAAUACGUACGUGCCUGAUAGCUACAACCCUUACUUGACGUUCUAUGAAGAUUAUGGUACAGCAUUCCACAGUUAGCAUACCAACCACAGGGCGACAGUGGAAGUGAUGUUUUACCUGGCCAAUCACUAGCCUCAAAUGAUGCGGGUUGCUUCGCUAAUCACUUAAUUUUAUGUCUCAAAUGACUUUUGCAAAUCCUCAAGAACCAUGUUUGAAGAAGAACAACCCUGUAGUUCUCGCUCUGAUAAUCGUCUGUGUGUGAUGAGAGCCACCAGACUAAGCCUGUACAUCAGCUUUCUUUGCCUAACGUCACCGUUAAAAGGAGAAGAACAGUUUACAAUGUCAAGUGUUUAUCCCUUGGAAUCAUGAAUAAAGAGAAACCUCGGUGCUCCAGAUGGUGUUAAGAUGUUUUACUUGCUCCAUUUAUUAAGCAUUACUUACGUUUCGCGAUCUGGUCAACUUAUACAAAUUUAAUUUUC